AUGCGAUGGCAGGGAAUCCCAGUUUCACUCUGGUGCAAUAAACCUGCAACACCACCUGCCACUACUCCACCUGCCGCUACUUCAGCUCAACCACAGGAUCCUGAACAUAUUCCUAAGUUUCCUGUCUACCCACCUUACUAUCAUUGGUAUCCUCCUGGGCCUCUGCCAACCCCUGCAGAGCCGACUACAACUCCUCCAAAAAUGACGACAAAGCCCACAACUAUACAAUCUCAGGUGCCGCAGGUGCCCCACUUUCCAAAGUUUCCACCAUAUGGGCCCCAGAUGCCGCAGUUUCCACCAUAUGGCCAUUAUCAGCAAUUUCCUCACUAUCAUUGGCCUCUGCCAACCCCUGCAGAGCCCAUUAUAACUACUCUAGAAAUGACGACUGAGCCCACAACUACACAAUCUCAGGUGACGCAGGUGCCCCACUUUCCACAGUUUCCAAAGUUUCCACCAUACGGGCACCAAAUGCCGUACCUUCCACCAUAUGGGCCGCAGUUUCCACCAUACGGACCUUUUCAGAUAUUUCCUCACCAUCAUAAGCCUCAGCCAACCCUUGCAGAGCCCACUAUGACUACUCCAGAAAUGACGACCGAGCCCACAACUACACAAUCUCAGGUGACUCAGGUUCCCCAAUUUCCACAGAUGCCAAAACUUCCACCAUAUGGGUCCCAGAUACCGCAGUUUCCACCAUAUGGCCAUUAUCCGCAAUUUCCUCACUAUCAUUGGCCUCUGCCAACCCCCGCAGAGCCCACUAUAACUACUCCACAAAUGACGACUAAGCACACAACUACACAAUCUGAGGUGCCCACCUUUCCACAGUUGCCAAAGUUUCCACAUUUUCCACCAUAUGGGCCCCAGAUGCCACAGUUUCCACCAUACUGGCCCGCAAUACCGCAGAUUCCCUAUGGACAUUUACUUCCCAAUCCUUUUCAUCAGUUUAUCCCACCAUCUGCCCCAAAAUAG